AUGGGCAGCAAGAAGAAGGAAAUUGCCCUGCAGGUUAACAUCAGCACCCAGGAGCUUUGGGAGGAAAUGCUCAGUUCCAAAGGACUAACUGUUGUUGACGUCUAUCAAGGGUGGUGUGGCCCCUGCAAACCCGUGGUGAGCCUCUUCCAGAAGAUGAGGAUCGAGGUUGGCCUGGACCUUCUGCAUUUCGCCUUAGCAGAAGCAGACUGUCUUGAUGCCCUUGAAAAAUACCGAGGGAGAUGUGAGCCGACCUUUCUGUUUUAUGCAGGCGGAGCACUGGUGGCGGUGGUUAGAGGAGCAAAUGCCCCGCUACUGCAGAAAACCAUCCUGGAGCAGCUGGAGGCUGAAAAGAAGGUGCUGGCUGAAGGCUGCGAACGGAAAGUGAUUAGAGACGAGGCUCUGUCUGAUGAAGAUGGAUGCUUCACCUGUGACAAGGACAGUGGUGACAAUGAGGACAUGGUGCCAUGGGGGAAGACCUGCACCUUGGCCAUCAUUAAGCCAGACGCAGUGGUCCACGGAAAGACUGAUGAGAUUAUUAUGAAGAUCCUGGAAGCCGGUUUUGACAUUCUAACAAAUGAAGAGAGAACCAUGACAGAGGCAGAAAUGCGACUUUUCUAUCAACACAAAGCUGGGGAGGAGGCAUUUGAGAAGCUGGUGCAUCACAUGUGCAGUGGACCGAGCCACCUCCUGAUACUCACCAGGACUGAGGGCACUGAGGAUGUGAUCACUGCCUGGCGAACGCUCAUGGGGCCCUGUGACCCUGAUGUGGCAAGGAGGGAGCAGCCUGACAGUCUCCGCGCUCAGUACGGCACAGAAAUGCCCUUUAACGCAGUCCACGGAAGCCAGGACAGAGACGACGCCAACAGAGAACUGGCAUUGCUCUUCCCCACUUUUAAGUUUUCAGAUGAAGUUCUAGAAGCCUCUCUGGGCCACGAGGCCGAAGGAGCGGUGGGCCCCACUGAGGUGCUUCGCUUCCCUGAGGACACGGACUGA